UUGGACCUGCGCCGUGCGACUGCGGCCGUGAGCAGAGAAGAGAAACGGUGCAAAAAUGGGGAUCACUGCCAUGACGGUCGGCGGGGCGUUCGGGAUCGUGGCCAAGGGCACCGUCAACAGGCUGAUGAAGGUCAGCCUGCGCAGAGCGCCUUGGGAGUACGUGCUGGGCGCGGGAAUCGGUGCGUACGUCGGGAACAAGAUCCCGCAGUGGGAGGCGACCCUGAUCUCGGACAUCAACGAGAUGCGGGCAGACCGCAACAUGCCCCCCGCGACACGCGUGGGCGGCUACGAGUUCGGGUCAAGCAUCACGGACAGCAAAUGAACACACUCAUCAUCGUUGCUGUGCUGCGUCGUUUUUUUUUUGGGGGGGGGUGCGGUAGACUCCACACCGUGUUGUUUGUGUGGUUCGACGAGGUCUUCGAAAGGGCUAGUUGGUGUGCGCGGGUGUAGGAAGUCGCGACUUUUCUUGUGCUGGCAAGUGAAGCGAGCGGGCAGUCCCUCGGAUUACGCGUCGUGAGGGAGUCGGCGCGUAGUUGAUUAGCCUAGCCGUUGUUUCUUUGGGGGAGGCUUGCCGAUUCUCCCAGAGCUGGCGCAGAACGCGCUUAUGGCGAUGUCUGGGUAGGAUAGAUUGUUGUGGAAAAAGAAGAGAAGCAAUUAGUGCUGCGGCUGUUGUUUGCCCAACGGGUGGAGAUUUUGGCUGGUCUAGGGUCGGGAUCAAGAUCUAGUUGCAGGCCUGCUGCCAUGUAACCUGCAUCGAGGUGCCGCCGCCGCCGCCGCUGUCUUGAUUGUUUAUAGGCGUGCGGGGGGGGGAGCGGGGUAGGGGGGCGGUCUAAGCGUCUUCCUCACAAUCGGUACGUACGGUGGGAGAUCGAAUAGCAGAGUCAUGUGUGACGUCCCAGCUUUCUGAGGCUGUGGCCUGCAUGCAGAUCUAUCUCGCUCGGUGUUUCUUCGAGACUUGUUCAUCUUGCUUCUACAAAUCAGACUUGUUGUCUGCUGGCGUAUGAUCCUUUCAAACGGC